AUGAAGCAUGAAGAUGCAAGCUCCGAGCAAUUAUCUUACUAUAGCUUAUCAGACAGCGAGAUCGACUCUGACUUAAGACGAGAUCGAGCGGAUCAGCCGGUCAGAAUGACUGAAACCAAGUUCCGCUCGUCUUCAGAUGGGGUUAGCGAAAAUUCUAGUCCAGAUUUCUUCAUAGGUGGUGCAAAAGUUCGAACAAAUAGCAAGAGCCAUGAGUCGCUUUACAGAGGCAAGUCAAUAUACGACGACGAACCAGAGGAAGAGGAUAGUGACAUACUUCAGUCUACCAGCACAACAUCACCAAUUGGCCAACUCUAUGGAACGAACAGUGGGAAGAAUCAACCAGAUUUCGACAAAACCGAGCAGGAUAUACAGCAGAAAAGGGCUACUCAUAAAAUAUUCACAUUUGCAUUACCUUUCGGUGGCAAAUCGAUUCUACCGUCAUCUCCCAUUUCCAGCAUCGUCAGCUCAAUGAUGUCUAACGAAUCUGUUGAUAAAAAUGGGGCUACAGAUAAAUAUAAAAUCAAGGAGAAACUGAAAAGAUCAGAAUCUAUUACAACGUUAGAAGAGCUAGCACUUUUCAAGAACACAAAGGGAAUUGAUAAUGUAAGGGCCAGAGCACUCAAGAAAACUUUUGAGCUGGAAUCAUUGAAACAAACACUCAAGAAUAUAACUUCCUCUACAGGUGAUCUGACAUCUGACGGAUAUCAAAUAACGCGACUCGAUACAAUAUGGAACGAAUUGGAAGGAAAUUUUCUAGUGAUGGGCGGCUACCGAGGAAGUAUCUUGAGGGAUGCCAAAACGAACAGGAGAGUGUGGAUCCCGAUCAGAGCAGGUCUCAAUAUUAGAAAAGUUGAUUUACUAAUAGGUCCGACAGACGAAGAUGAAGCCCAGGCUCAAAGAAUAAUAAAACCCGACGGAAUGUUGACUCAUAUAGGUCCCGUUGACGUUUCAAAACGACUAAUCAAAAAACUUAAAUCAAACCCCAACGUAGAGGUAGAAAACUAUGGGUACGACUGGCGCCUAUCUUUAGACAUAUCUGCUGAGCAGCUUCGUCAAAAACUGCAAGACAUCUACGAUUCUCAAACAGUAAAGAAAGGCACUUUUAUCAUUGCUCAUUCAAUGGGAGGCAUGGUAGCUCACAAGGUCCUACAAGAUCACACUCAUUUGAUCAGAGGUAUUAUUUAUGUUGGAGCACCCAGUGAGUGUCCCAACAUCUUAGGUCCACUGAAAUUCGGCGAUGAGGUCAUUAUGAAUAAAACAAUUCUCAGCAAGGAAGCCAAUUUCUUCAUGAGAUCAAGUUUUUAUUUUCUGCCAACUAAUGGGACUUGCUUUGUGAACAAGACCACUUAUAAGAAAUAUCAUAUAGAUUUCUUUGAUCCCACAGUGUGGGUGAAAUUGGGAUUGUCACCUGUGGUUGAUGAAGACAGGAAGAAAUUGGAGAUGAAACUAACGCGCAAAGAGGAGGGAGACGAAAGAGCAACCAUUAUAGAGUAUAAAAACCAGAAACAAAAUAUGGCCAAAACGGAGUCUAAAGAAAAGCAACCACAGCCCGGUAUAUCAGCAGAAGUUAAAGAUCUGUUAGGACUUAUCAACCCAGUCCCUAUAUUAAGGUCUCUGUCUGGUCCCAGUGCAUUCACUUCACACACAAUAAAGCCGCUGAAGGUCCUGAAUCCGGCUCCGCUGCUCUCCAAAUUUUCAUCAGCAACAACCGAUGUGAUUGGGCUUAAAGACGGAAAGGAAUGCGACCAGGAAGACGGAGCGCUAACUUUCCUAACGCCAUAUGAGGAGUGCCUACAAUAUCUCAUCAGAACUUUGCGCAGGGCCAAAAACUACUUAAAUAGCCUCGGCCACAUUAAAGACAAGACUUAUCCACCACUAGUAAUAGUGUACAGCAAAUCUGUUCCCACCGUCAGAGGUGUUAAGAUUGACGGAUUAGACGACAUUAAGCGAGGAAACUACAACAACUUUUACUACGGACCAGGCGACGGGGUGGUGCACCACAAAUGGUUACUGCCCGAACAAAGAGGCUUUCCGCUGGCUGCUAAGAUUGAGUCUACUUGCGGGCAUGUUAGUCUACUUUCCGAUCUAGACUCAAUGGCCAAAGCGUUGAUCUCCUUGGUGGAUGAGGAAAAGAAAGCAGACACAGAAGAAUCAUGUAAAUAA